AUGAGUUCCAGGCUUUAUUCGUCGAAAGUCCAUCAACGAGAAGGGCGAACAGCACUAUUCUCGACUAUACCUAGCUCUAAUAGUAGUGCUUCAGUCAACGGUGGUGCCGGUAAUGUGGAUUCUGCCACUCCUGUUGACUACGAUACGGAUGAUUCCAUAGGAAGAUCAUCCUCUCCAUACAUCAAGGAGCCUAAAAGAGAUUAUAAUGCGGCCAUGUUAUCACAAUUGGAGUCUCAAAAUGAGGAAACCGUUAAUGUGAUGCAAUCGAAGAUCUCCGCUCUGAAAGACUUAAGUUUAAAGAUGGGUGACCAGAUCAAUCAAUCGAGACUCAACUUGGGUUCUUUGAGUUCCAACAUGGAAGCUGCCGGUCAUAGAAUUAUGGGCAAUAUGAAGAGAAUGAAGAUUAUGGCAGAUAAGACGGGAAUCAGCUGGAAGAUCUGGUUGGGUUUCUUUUGCUUUGUGUUUCUGAUCUUCUUCUGGGUCUGGCUAUUCUAG